AUGGUGAAAGACCGGUUCCAGUCAGGCCUUGCUUUUCUGUCUUUUGGCGUGCGCGACCGCGGAGACUUGCAUACAGUAAUCGGAAAAGAGAGAAAAUAGGGCCGGAUACCGUUCCAUGGUGAGGGAAGUAGGAAAGAACCGGUUCCCGAGAGGCCGUUUCGUUUCUGAAUUUUUGUUUUUGCGUUCCCUUGUGUACAGUAGGAAAGAGUUCCUGCUCCGAAAAAAACGCGUUAUGAAGCAAAAUUAAAAUCGUAAUAAAAUUUCCGGUGUAUUUUUCUUUUCAAUGAAAAGUAAUUUGACCCUCACCCGUAAAAAAAACACGACAAUGUAAAACUUUUGGCCGACAAAUUUGAGGUUGAAGUAAAGCACCCGGAAAGCAGAUUUUAAAACAGCUUUUUUUUCACAGGCAUCAGAUGGUCAAACGGCGUACAAUUCAAGUUUUACAGCGCAGCGAUUUUGAUUUGAUGGAUAAGUAGUUCGAAAUUUUCAGGAUGAGAAAAUUCAUAGUUUUCGAGAAAAGGUUUGUAUGAGUUUGUUUUUUGAUUGGCCUUUUUGGAUGUUUUGAGACAUCAUUUUGAGAAUAUAUUGAAAUGAGCAGGCGUCCAGGGUUUUUCUACUGUAGAUUGAGAUGAUUACAGCCAUUUUCGAGAAUCUUGGUUAUAUGGAAAUCUCCAUAUCGGACCGUAACGAAGAAAAUUUUGUCGAGCAAAUAGAAUCCACUACAAUAUUUCCUUGUGGGAGAGCAGUUAAAUUGCCUCAAUUUUUCCUCCAAGGCUCAUAUAAGUGAAAGAAUUUUUUGAGUAACAUUUUUUUUUUGAUAAGUGAUGAUUUUCUUCUACUUAUGUCUUAACCGGCGACUGACCUGUUGUCUUGCAAACCUCAAAGAAACUAAACCUAACAAUGUUUUCUUGUUCCAGAUCACGGCUCCUUUCCCAUGAUUCCGGUCAUGGAAUUUCGAAAAAAACAACCCCAUUAGCUGCUCAAAAACGAUGGGAUUUUUCUUAAAUGUCGUUCUCAAAAGAAUAGAAACGAGCGCCGCGAUUGCGUGCGAUGGGAACGGCAUGAUUCCGAACGGUCCCGCCGCCUUAAUGGAGCCGCGCUCUUUUCCUCUCAAAACAUACGGCCACAAGCGCAGUUGCGCGGCUCCUCCUUUUAUUUUUUUGUUUUUUUGAAAAUUUCUGAAAAAAAUAAGUUUUCAAAAAAACGUGGAGCUCACAUGAACUAACUCAAUUAUCAUGAAGCUGUAGACAACAUUAUUUCAAAUCAAACCCGUUUUUUUCACUUUUUAAAAAAAUAAUGCAAAUUAAUUCAAUUUUUGAAUGUUUUUCUCGUAUUUUGAUGAAGAAUUUCAUACUUUUUUUAUCUAAGACAUGCACUAAAGAAUCUCUUUGCGGUCGAAUUUUUGAUGAAACUUUUCCUGGAAGACCCUGCUGAAAGACUUUUAAGGCCUCCUGAUUCCAGAACAAGAAAAAAACUCGCAAUAGAUCUGUGUCAAAUUAAGACAAUGGAAAAACGCUUCUUUAAAAUUAUAAUUCAAGUAUUUUUGCGAAGUUUAAAACUUUAUAAAUCGGAAGCAAGAUCUAUUGCUAAUAUUUUUUGCCAUUUUUUGGAAUCAGGAGUUCUUGAAAUGCAUUUCAAAUUUCAUCAAUAAUUUAAAUAGGUGCUAAAAAUCGUUCUCUAGUUAAAAAUUUGUUCCGUCAUAUAAAUUUAAUCUUUUCAAGACCUGUUAAGUUUAAAAGUUUGUGUUCCCUUCCUCAGAUGAACUUUUUUGACUGAAAAAAGGGGCGAGAAAAUGUCCAUAACAAACAUUUUCCUGUAAAGUCACAACGGCUCUUUGACUUUUCCCAUGACGAUUUCCCCCGCUCCGAAACAUUUUUUUUCUCAGUGUCAUCGAUAAAAUCAAUUUAUUCUGUUUAUGUGGCCGUUUACAUCUCGAGAAACUUGAAAACAUCGUUUUUCGUUUUCCAGAAUAAUUCUUCUGAUUCAUCAGGUUUUCAGGCGGACUUGAGGACAGAUCCAGUCAUGUUGUGCUUGAUCAACGGGAUGGCGUUCUGCUACGAUGUGAGCGUUUUGCCUUUUUUGAAGAUUAUCAAACUGUCGAUUCAGACGGAGGUCAUUGAGGUCAUCACUGCCAAAAAUGAGGAAUACGCUUUUCUUCUUACCGGAGUUUUUCCGGUGGGUUUUUCGCAUCUUUAUACUUUUAAAAAAAAUUUUUUUUUUUCAGCAACCGGCCCCUGGACAGGCAAUCUUAACUUCUGAAGUGAGCUUCCGAAUAUGUUUUAAAGCCGAAUAUUUUCAGGAUGCGAUGAUUACUGUGACCUACCGAAGCUUGAUUAAACUGCUUUUCGAGCAUCAGGCCGAGCCACGCGAAACUCCGGAGGCUAAAAAGGUUGGCUUUCUACUUCUGGAAUCUCAAUCUUCUUUGAAAAAAACCCAGAAGUAGGCAAAACUUGUAAUAUUUCAAGAGAAUUGAUAAUUGUCGGUCAGUUCGCUCAGAACUGAACUUCAAUGAGCUUAAAAAAAAGUUCAGUACAUGACCGCAGAAGGAAUGACUUGAUGCAGAAAUACUUAGAGCCAUUUUCCGUGCUAUCAUGAACUCACGAAAUCAAAGAUGCAUCAAGCGCACCGUCAAAAAGACAUAAUUUUUCAGAGAGUCGAAAUCAUUUUCAAGCUGCACAAGAUUUUCUACCAGAUCUGCACCAUGCAGCGCCUUCGAAACGUUCUGCUGUCGCUCCAGCUUCUCUGA